ACCAACCCACUUAGCAAACAGCUGGCCGCAGCCAUGCUCAGCUGAGCAGCUGGUUCAAUUCAAAUCAUGUUAAAAUGCUACGCCAGGCUACACCGCCACACACUCACAUCCUUCAUCUAUAAUUCAUAUUGACUAAAAUAGCCAGUUGUGCAUAUACUUGUUGAAAAUAAAAAUAUAUAUAUAUAUAUAUAAUACACUUGAUAAGUUUGGUUUGUGAAAUUAUCUUCUUAUAAAUGUUCUGUAAGGUGGCGACAUCUUUCUAUUCUACUCUGUUAUCAUUAGGCGAGGCAAGCGUCGGUCUAUCAAGUGGUGUCUGCGUAUGUGUUUUCAUUGCAUCUUCGUUUGUGGUGGGUGAAUUGGUCGCGCGUUCGCAUUAGAGCGAUUUUGUCGCCUCGGGCAGCUGAAGUUGCCGUGUCUGCAACGUCAACACAACCUGAAAUCCUCCGAGGGCUGUAGAAUGCAGCGAACUCUCCGGGACAUGCGAAACUGCUCACUGUAAGCUCGCGCUUCACAUGCGCUGCGCAGAAGAGGUAUUCUGUGAUCUACAGUGUGGCUAUGCUCGGCAGUUCACUGUGAUCGGAGCCGCCUAAACUGCCCGCCGAAGCCGCUGCCGCAUGCCCUGUGCAAGCGUUUGAACUAUUGCAACGGUGUCUACCUUUUAAGUUAUGCGUCUCCGUUGAAGAAAUAGCUGUGCAGUCUCGAAGCCCUUCAAAAUGAUAUCGAUUUUACCCUUCACACCCCCGGUUGUUAAGCGGUUGUUAGGCUGGAAGAAAGGUGAAGGAGAAGACAAAUGGAGCGAGAAAGCCGUCAAAAGUUUGGUGAAGAAGCUGAAGAAAUCUGGAGGAAUGGACGAACUUGAGAAGGCGAUUUCGACUCAAGAUGCUCACACUGCAUGCAUCACGAUACCCAGUGGGGGGGUGGCCGUGGGCAGGUCGCUGGACGGCCGGCUGCAGGUGUCUCAUCGCAAGGGGCUGCCGCACGUCAUCUAUUGCCGCCUGUGGCGCUGGCCCGACCUGCAGAGCCACCACGAGCUGCGCGCCACAGACCACUGCCAGUAUGCCUUCCACCUCAAGAAGGACGAAGUCUGCGUCAACCCAUACCACUACCAGCGAGUAGAGACGCCCGCACUGCCGCCUAUCCUUGUGCCGAGGCAGACGGGUGACUUACCUACAGAGCUGCCCAGCUUGGAUGAUUAUGCCAACUCGGUGCCUGACAACACUGAUUUUCCGUCGAGCCUAGACGUCCAGGCUUUUCCUCUCACAGAAACACCUCCGCCGGGUUACAUGAGCGAAGACGGAGAAACCACUGAUCAAAAUGGCGCUGACAGCAUGGAUACGGUACUCCUCUCUUCACCCAGCCCUUCACCAGAAGUGCAGCCGGUGACGUACACGGAGCCGGCUUUCUGGUGCUCCAUCUCGUACUACGAGCUCAACACGCGGGUUGGGGAGACGUUCCACGCUUCACAGCCCUCCCUCACCGUUGACGGCUUCACAGACCCGUCGAGCUCGGAACGGUUCUGCCUCGGUCUCCUGUCCAACGUCAACCGCAACUCGGUCGUUGAACAGACCCGCAAACACAUCGGGCGUGGUGUGCGCUUGUACUACAUUGGUGGUGAAGUGUUUGCAGAGUGCCUGAGCGACAGCAGCAUCUUUGUGCAAAGCCCCAACUGCAACCAGCGGUACGGAUGGCACCCUGCUACGGUGUGCAAGAUACCUCCAGGCUGCAACCUGAAGAUCUUCAACAACCAGGAAUUUGCGGCCCUGCUGACAACGUCGGUGUCUCGGGGCUUCGAGGCGGUGUACCAGCUCACACGCAUGUGUACCAUCCGCAUGAGCUUUGUGAAGGGCUGGGGUGCCGAGUACCGGCGCCAGACGGUCACCUCCACCCCAUGCUGGGUCGAGCUUCACCUCAACGGCCCCCUGCAGUGGCUCGACCGUGUCCUCACCCAAAUGGGGUCACCCCGGGUGCCCUGCAGUUCCAUGUCGUGAACUCCUCCUGUCGCCUCUUCCCGACGUAGCGGUUAGCGGUGCGUCCUGUCUCAGGCGUGUGUGUGCGUGUGUGCGUGUGUGGUUUUGCAGUUUUUUUUUUCUUCACUCUCUCGUGUGUGCCUGUUGCGUUGUUAGAGGGGCGGUGAGAGGCGGUUUUUGUAAGCGCAGCAUUUGUCGCUUUUCUGCUCACUAGUGGGGCAGGGGUGGACCCUCUGUUUUUCUUUUGGCUAGCAAUUGCUGUAGAAGCUGCGUGAAUGGGAAAACGUGCCUCACAUGAUAGUUACGGCAUCGGGGCGCGCUGUAACACUGUUACGACUGUCAUGCAAAUGCUCGAGGCAGUAAACUCUUAAGCCCAGACCACCAGUCUGCUUGCUGGCCUGUGCUAGCUUGUGCCUUGUGAGGAAUCGCGGUUUGCAUCUACGAGAGAUACGUGUGCCCACUUGGCUCAAUCAUAGCUGUUUUGACAAAUCUCAUCUUGUACUUUGUUAUUCACCGUGCUUCAAAAUGCUGAAAUACUGAUAAAUUCAAUUGUUUUAUUUUUAGAGCUGUAGACCAGCACAAAAAGUAAAGGAAAAGCACAUUCUUGCCUGACAGAAAUCUGCCUCGCCAAGUGUUGAUUCAAGUGCUACACGGAAGCGAGGCACGUGGAAAUGCAAGGCAGCCACGGCCUGUUAUCUCUCUGGAACAGAUAUCAUUGCUUGCGCUGCAUACGGAUGCAUACAAACGGUCUCGCACCAUCUGCGCAUACAUAGGUGCGCCUGCACAAGCUUUUGCACACUGGCAAGCAUAUGUGUGGUUUGGCCAUUAGACAUUUCCACACACACGCUCUUCCAUAAUAUGAAGAGGAGGUGGUGAUUGCAAGCAUUGCAUCACCACUGGCAUAUUUGCUCUGUUGCUUCUUGAACGAGCAUUAUCGACUUUCUGGUUAGUGAGUGUGGGGCUACUUAAAUGGAGAACUACAUUUGUGCAAAGACGUUAUUUUGAGUUUUUCAUGUGUUCGAGGAGCUAUUCGAUGAGCGGCAGCCGAUAUUGUGGCUGCUUUGUGAACAGGCCAGAUCCGGUAGCAGCAAAAAGCUGGACAAAAUUGUGGGAGUGUAAACUGAAAAAAAAAAACAGAAAAAAUGAAAGCUUGUGCUUUUUGUCUUUGUUCAUGCAUUAUUUUAUUUUUUUGUAACUAUAGGCAUGAAGGCUUUCUUGUCAUUAACAAAAGUGUGCAAUGCUUCUCAAAAUGUUAGUGAGUAUAGUUAAACUUAAGGAAAGUUGUUGCAAUUUCACAUCACUGAAUCAAUGUUGUCCUCUUAUUGCAGCUGAGACAAAUACACAAGGAAUUUCUGGGCAGCAUGUGGUUAUGUUAAAUGAUGUCGUGGUUCUUAAGAUGGGCAAAUCGAGGUUUUGAUAUGUUAAUACUUGAGAAUGUGUUGUUCUGUGCUCACGUCAUUGCUCGUUCAUACUUGCACAUGUUGUAAUCGUUGAGUAGCCUUUUGCUCUUUAUGAUUGAGUGUGUCCUUUUGGGUGAAGAAUGUGGAAGCGGUGCUUGAUUCCCCAUUUUGUGCCGCACCAUCUCGUAGUGCCCGCAACUGCCAUUUCCUUCUUGUCUGCCUAACCGGUUAAUUCUAGAAUGUCGUAGCACUUGCCUGUGGUUAUAUUGUAGAGGAUUAUUGUUGAAUCUUUGCUACUAGCAUUUUUUUUUUAACCUUGCUUGCUGUUAUGUCACAAUUCGUGAGCCUGACCAGCUGGGAGAGAAUCCACAACAAGGGCUGAAGUUUAGAUGGUAUAGUUUAUUUGCGUACUGUGUAAGAGUUCUCAGUUUUAAAAGCCGCCCAUGCCCCUCGUGUAUGACUGCACUUUUCUUUGUGUGUGUGUGUGAGUGCGUGAAAAUUAUGGCGCAAGAAAAUUUCUCAAUGGGAAUUCUGCGAAGCCCUCUUUUUUAACUGAUCAAAAUUGCGAGGGAGUUGAAUGCGGCUGCUCUGCUGGAGAGCCCCUGUUCUGUUGGCAUUCAGCUUGCCCCCCCCCUUUCCCCCCCGUUGUGUGCGUGUGUGUGUGCAUGCUGGUUCGACUUGUUACACCUGCGUUUAGUUGUCACGAAACUUCCCUAGAAGGGCAGUGGUCCUUACCAUGAUGUAACAGUGCCUAGCACUGUUUUCAUCAAAACAUAUUUUUUUGGAGGGGGUGCUUCGUUUGCAUUCGGAGGCUUGUGCAGGCUGGUGCUGAUAUGUCUCGCCCCCUGGGAGCGCGUUUAAGCAAGCUUUGGUUCUGAGCCACGUGUGCUUAAGUUUUUUCUGCAUUGGGAGCCAGGAUUGAAGUUCCAAGGUGUCAGGAAACAAGUUUACCAUCCGUGUAUGUGUUUUUCUUUUUUCAAAAACGUUCCAGCUAUCAUUUGCAAGGUCAUGGAGUCAAGGUUGUUCCCUCGUGUGUCGUUUCUGGGACACCGAGAGCAGUGACAGAGAGACCUUGUCCCUGUUCAAAAUUGCCUCUGCACGGCUUAUUCGGGUUGGUGCGCAACAAAUGUGCAGCGUACUUCUGGCCUUCAACCUGUUUUUUGGUUAGCUUCUUAACUGCUAGAGGACUGAUUAUGGUGUAAGCUCAACGUUGCAGAAACAUUGUAUUGAUCACAAUCUUGCAGGAAGCGCAUCAUUUGACCUGUAGGUUAUAAAUGUCAUGUUUACACAAACACUCCUAAAAAGGGAAGUCUUCGUGGUGAGCAAUGCCAUUCCUUUGCAAUAUCACAAGUUUUCGUUUGCAGUGUAAUGUGAUGCACACAGAAAGACUGAGGGGGUAUACUACACUCAUUUUGAUGAAACAGGGUAUAUACUAUAGCUCCUCCAUUUCCCUCCCGUUACUGUGUACAUUCACUGACAGCUGUAAAUGAGAAUGUAACCUCUUUUCUGUAAAGGCGUUGCUAACAUGCCUCACAUGAAUUACUCCAUUCUCUUGUAGCAUUUGUGAGUGCUGCUUUUGCUUGGAGGGAAAGGACUGCUGAGAAUUUGAGGUGAUCCUGGAAUUGAGGAUUAUGGUCGGGCAAUAUGCCAUACUGUUGCGAAACAUGGGUGAAGACUCCACAGUGAGAGAAUUUGGCGCUGUCAUGGCAGGCGAGGCAAUAGAGAGUUUUAGCUUGCCCAAUAUUUCGGUAAACGAAGGUAAGCUGGGUGUUUUACUGGAUGAGUGGAGGCCUGAACGUGAUUGGUUGGAGCGGUGCAGUCACCUGGUGGCACAGAGCUCAACCAUACAGAGACAGAGCUAAUGUUGCAGUAACCAAGUGUAUUCUUUUUUGCUGCUGAUAUAACUUUUUGUAGUGGUGUAAUAGUGUCACAAUUCACUGCUGCCGAAAAUUUACCCCAGCAGCGAAGUAGAGUACACUUGGUUGAUGCAGUAUUAGCUCUAUGUUGGUCUGGUUCAGCUCUGUGCCACGAGGUGACCCCACCUGUCAAGUCACUCCUGUUCAUGCCUCCCGUACAUUCGGUAAAAGGCCAGGUCUGCCUGCGUUUACUGGAUUACUGGACAAGCUAAAACCCUCUAAUGAAAGCAUUUUGCAAGCAGUAAUGUCAUUCAGCAUUUUCGGUGGGCUCGUUGCUUAUCAUCCCAAAAACCUGCUUGCUACUUUCUUGAAACCUGCUUUUUGUAGCAUUGUGAGCGCUAUGGUUUAUUGUAUGGCUUGUUCUUUCUCCACUGAUGCCGUAGUUUUGGACCUUCAUUUGAUUGUCGUCGAUUAUCACUGACCCGCGGGAUGUUAUGCAGCUGUUAAUGAGUCAAUCAUAUGUUUUUUUUUCCUAGGGUUUCCUGGCUCUUUAUAUGUGCUCCUCUACUGUGCCAUACUUUAGGUCAAGCUUACAAACAAUGCUGUCUGUGCAUGUCCUUUUUUUUUACCCCUAUGGUGUCUUAGCUUUGACAUGUUACGCUAAGUAACCUUGUGUCCAGUGCCAGAUUUAGUAACGAUCCUUCUCCCAACCCAUUCUUUCCACAGUUUUGUUCCUGGCCGUCACACUCGCCUUCACACAUCAUUUAUGCCAUGAUCGGCCACUCUGUGUAAUUGUCACAGGCUUACCCUGUGCUUUAACAAGUCAUGUUUGUUGGGAUGUGAUACUAGGCACAAUGGAGGAAAAGCAAUUAACAGAAGGAAAUAAUCCUUACAAAAUAUGGCCCCAGGAUUCUUUCUUCAAGUCAUUUACGAGUGCACUUGUCUUUGUUUGCGAGUUGCGCGGGCCUAUACGCCAUGUGCAGUAGAACGGUGGCUCAUGUUCUUCUGGCUUUUAGGUCCAUUUUAGGUCAUUUUAGGUCCAUUCGUUUUCAAGAAUGAAUAUUCAAGGGGGGAUGGGUUACAGUGUACUGCUAUUAAUGUAUGCACGCAGCAGCUUUGGGGCUCACAGGUUAUGCAGCUGCCUAUGCUAAUGAAAUACCACCAAGGAUUUUGGUUUGGCAGUCAUGCGCACUUUCUUGCGGCUGCGUUUGUCAGAUGUGCAAGUCUAUUGCAGUGGUUGGAGAGGCGAUCAUGGUCCUCUCUAAGUUUCCUGCAGGGCAACAGACAACUUAUUCUAGUGAUGAUUUUUACACUGGCUGUUCCCUUUGUGAAUUUCACCUGAAGGAAGCAUAGCUAAUAAAUGUGCUAGUUUAAUGUAGUGGUUGAACUUUUAGUAUUGUAUCCAGCAUUUCAAUGAGUGAAGUACAAGACCCGCACCUGGCUUGCUGCUGCCGUAAAUUUUUUUCUUUUCUUGCUUUCACUCAACAGUGUAGACAAAAACGGGCAUAACAUGCACCAAGAAAGAAUGUUUGUCUAGUGAUUCAGCUACGUGUAGCUGCAGAUUAAUAACUCUGGCAACAUUCUAUAUGCCAUUGACUUUCCUUAGUUCUACCCUGGCAGCACUGGCGAAAUUGAUAGAAUUAUCUGGAGGGUCGAAUGAAAUAAGAUGGAGAAAAAAUGCCAAAACACACCACUGAUUCAUUUGGCAGCAUUUCCCGGGUUCUAACAUGCUUCGAAUCAAACGCACACAUACUUGCUAUUUGUCGAAAGUACAAAACUAAUGUAGAAAUGACGUUAAUGCUUCUAAACAAAGUAAAAAUCUAACGUGCACCCAAUCUAAUGGCACAGUGGAGGCCAGUUCCCUAAAGUCAGCUUUGCCACUCUAAAGGCAUGUUGUGCGGUAAAGCACACGAACGCUGCGUAGGCAGGUUUGGUUUCAUGUGCAAUUGCAUUGUGCAGGCAAUUUUCGCUCCAGUUUUCUUAAAAAAUGAAAAAGGUAUGCAUUAUAAUCGGGUAAAUACCGUAAUCAGACAUUGUGAGCUACAGUUAUUUCCUGAAAAUCUUCCUUAAAAUAGGCAUUUUUGACGGAGAUGACAUGUGCUCAACACAUUCAGUGUCUCUUAAGCCCCGCCGAGUCAGACACUGCCACUAAAGGGGUUGUUACUUGGUUAAACAUAGGGGUCAGGUGCGUGUGCGUCGACUGGUCAAGUUCGAUUUACCCGGCAAAGACCAAUUUUAUUAUUGAAAUUAUGGAAGUUUGGGCCCGUAGAAAUGCAGGCAUGGGCACCGGCCAGGACCUUCGGUCGGUAUUGAAUUAACUGGAGUUGAAUUAAUGGAAGUCUACUAUACUAAUCAACCCUUGUCAAAGAGUUAAGUAAUACGGUGAGCUGGUGUGAAAGAAGCCAAGUUUACCAGGCUAGCAACUGUUAAUAUUAAUUUCGUUUCUUACUGCACUUAGUGUGCAGCAAGACAAAAUGAGGCUAACCAUGGACCAAAAAAGGAUGUUUGUCCCAUUGAUUCAACCAUGAUUCAUUUAUGUUCAGCGAUUCAACUACUUUAUCUACAAUUUAACAACUCUGGCAACAAUGUAUACUGAACAAUCUUUGUCAUGCCUCAGAUGAUAAAUGUAUAGAAUCGAUGGAAAAGGAUUCAUUGUAAUACAGUUGCUGGGCAACAAAAUGUGAUGGCAGGUGCUGCAAUAGUUUGGCGGUGGAGUGUCAGUGUGCUUUGGCACCAUUUGGAAGAGACAGUUUCUUGUAAUCUGCUUUCUGUUUUUAAUAUCUUCAUUGCUUUGGUAGAGCAGUUGGUGGAAGCACCUUUUGGAACUUAGUCAUUUUCAAAGCGUCGUGUUUGGUAUAGGUUCGGCUCGGUACUGGACUUAGGGACUCUGUGCUGUGAUCGUCAGUUUUUUGGGCAUACUUUCAUUUUUUUGUACAGUGCCGUGAGAAUUUGUUGCCUUGUGCCAUUGUUUUUCUGUCCUCUGCUGUUGAGAUUGCUGCCGGGCAGGCACAGUAAGUUACUUCCUGCUAAUAUGGUUCAGUUAGCUUUGCUGUCCAGAUUUUUUUGCCCGUGCUAAAAUUACUGGCUUACUGCCUCAAAGAAGUGGCGUAAUUGGGACUUCGAGUGCUCUUUCCUUCUUGUAGGCAUUGGCUGGCAGUGUUAGUUUUGAUUGGGAAGGCAAACUUGAGGUUGUCCACUCGCCAAGCGUGUACCGGCUACAUUAGUUCACUUGAACUCUACUUUUGUCAUGAAAAACAUCAUAAAGGUGCAAGUUUUAAUGUUUAAAGUUAAUGUGCGUGCCAUUACCCUAAGUGGUGGUCGCAGCUGUGGUAAUGUUGAUCUUGCGAUUAUGUUGUCUUAGGUCAGAGGUAACUUUGAUUAGAGCAGAAUUUACAGGAGCAGCCUACAGAUGACUGGCACCAGGUGGCAUGUCGUAUGUGUUAUAACUUAAUGAAUGCCUGGCACUUCGGCUACCUAUAAAUUGCUCCUGGCAAUUUUACUCUGAUAGGUGGCAUCCGAAUCACACCCCUCAAUGGUGGCUCCUCGGAGUAAGACACCAAUCGCGAACGCCAUGCUUUUUGUGCAGUACAGGCAAUGGGAGAGAUUGAGGGAGCUGGAAAAGGCGUCGUGGCUGUCAUGUUCGGACAUCAUAUCUAUGGAUGCUCUAGGCCUUAUGGAAUGUGACCAAAGCAUCAGCACCAGCAUGGUUGCUACUAUAGACCUUCUAUAAUGAGCAGUCCGUGCACCAGGGGCCGCCACAGACUCACCGCCAUUCCAAGCGUUCUGAACAGAGAGCAAGCAGGCAUCAGCUGUCACUCCAGCAACAUUUCGUUGAGGGUCCAGAAAUCGUUUAGUGCUACUGUUAUUUAAAAUGUGAAAAAGCAGCAGAAAGACUGGAUAUCCUCUAUCAUGAAGUUUGAAAAAACAGAGGCAGAAACAUGAUUUGGGAAGCUGACUGGAAAACUAAAUGCAAAUAAGUUACACAAGGAACAGAUGAGAAGUGCUACUACCAACUGCUCAUUCCUGUCAACACCCACGGGAAUAAAGGAAUAAACAGUUGGUAGUAACUCUUGUCCGCGUCUGUUCCGUGUGUCUUGUGUGUAAUUCAUUCAAGCUUAGUUUUGCAGUCAACAUGUUAGACCAGCUAGCCAAAAGGUUAUUCUUCUGUGCGAAAAGAGACUGCGUAUGAGCUUCAUCUGCCUCAGGUGCACAAGAAGUACCUGUAUUUACGACUGUUUGUCAUGCACACAUUUCUGCAAGGUCAGUACAACAAGCUCUUAUCGCCAGCGCUGAAUAGCCAAUUGCCAUCAGCGACUGCCAGGCUAACACCACCUGCAGCAACGAUGCAGCAUUUCUGCCACUGCUGGCACAAAAUUUCACAAUAUGUUGAGCUUUAGUGAGCAUGCAAGUCAUCUUUAUGUCCUCCCUGUACAAGCAUAACUAACAUACUUGAGCAACUUCACCUUCUGUUACAGCAAAGUCAAAUGUGGAAAAAUAGAUGGGCAUGCACUGCAAGUUUUCUUCCUGUGCCGGAAAUUAAACUGCGAGUGAGCGAGCGAAUUGCAACACUUUUGUUCAUGUGGAUGCGAAUACAUUUUAAUCUGCACUGUAGGUCAUCAGGUAACCUUUCCCAAGUUAUCUGAUCAGCAGCGUUGGCGACAAGAAUUAGUCUGAAUUAGCUGCCAAUUGUUGGAGCAGAUCACGAACGCAUUUUUUUGCUAGGGCACUCAUGCCUAUUUCCAAAUGAAAUUACACAUGCAGUUAACGACAACAGGCGCACUGCUGUAACAGCCCUACAAAUCUACCUCUGGUAAGACUAGAAUGUAAAGGGCAAAAGCAAACAUCAGGCUGCUACAUUCGUCACCCUUCAGCACAGACAAUUAAUAAACCAAGGGUACAUUUGCAUUGCAUCUGCAGCUUUGGCCAAAGUCUUAUGUUGUCUACCCACUCGCUGCUCACCAUGGUGGCCGUUUAAGCCGUGCCUGAGGCCGCCGUGGCCUUUGUAAACAAGUGAGCAAACAUCGAUCGGUAGGGGCCCAGUGGUGGGCACUGUGACGUGAGCAGAUAUGGCGGCGCCCAUGGUGUAGUGCUGUUGUAAAGGUCCUGGAUGAUAACACGUGUUGCCUUUAAAUGUAAAAAUAUGCUGCUUUAUGUAAAUACUACCUUCAUAAGAGUGUAGGUUUAACUACCUUUCCGUACUUCUACAGUUAUGGUUGCUAUAGUGUGCGCAUUAAGUUCUAGAAAUUAGACAGUUUUAGCAAGGCAUGAAUAAUUCGCUCUGCUCGAAUGCACGUUUCAGUAUUGACUGCAAGCAGUAGCCAUGAGGAAACCCUGCAGUUUUGCAUACACAGUGCCUGUGUCAGCAGUGGAAUAUGAAAGGGAAAAAUUUGUGAUCCACCCGACUGCAGCACAAGGCUACAAAGGAAACUCCAUACGGGUUUCUCGGAAAGCAAGUUCACCUUACCCUGCUUGUUGCUUUGCAGCUAUGUUAACUGUGUAGCACUUGUACCUUUAUGGCAAGCACUUAUUGAAACAGUUUUGGAAGGUAUGCGUAACGUUCAACAACUACACAUUAUUGACAGCAAAGAGCGACCAGUAUUCCUCAGGUUGUUUUGUCUAGGUGGUCUUACAGCAGCAGCUGUACAGCAAAAUCUGCAGUUAUACUCUACAUUUUGCUGUAUGAUGUGAAAUCCUGCAGUUCUUUUUAGUGCCUGAGCAUGCCAACUUGAGCAGUGAACUGGACGAAGCUGGGAGCAUAAGUAGUCUACUAUUGGAGGGGGGGGGGGGGGGAAAGAAAAAGAAGAACCCGGGACUUCGUAGCAUUGAUAGAGGUGCUUUGUUUAACACUUACUUGUCCAAAUAGCUGGCAUGCAUUGUUGCAGGCAGUUUUACUAGGAGGCACCACAUCUGUUCUCAUCAUGCUGCUUCUGCUACUUGCACACAGCUUCUGUUUUACGGUAUGCCAGUUCUGAAAGUUUGUGUGUAUGCUGGUUCCUGACCGUGUGGACUUAAACGGUUGAUGAACUCUCCAGCGUGAGAACUUUGGAACUGGUCUAGGCUGGUAGCUAGUAGAACUUACUUGGGCAGUUGCACCAAGCUGGGACCGAGUCCAGACGCUGUUUUGAAAUUGUUAAUCUAGCGUGCACCAAGUGCAUGCAUACCUAGUCAAUUACCGAUACUUGGAUGCAGGCUCGGCCGUUUCCAGUAUGCGCUAUUACAUUGAUCAUUUCUCUGGGGACAGUUUGCUGUUCUGAAAUCAAAAGAAGCUCCUUUCUUUUACGUGGAGGUUUAGUUUUUCGUGAGUCUGUAUUGGAGAUGACCAGUUUUUUGGGAGAUCCUUUUUCUCGUUUUCUUUUUCCUUUGUGCUGCAACUGCGUGUGCAAUACUUGAGAGCCACUUUACCAUUUUUGUGUUUGCCCCGAAAUACCUUAUAGCUGAUUUCUUGUGGCUGCAUCUCCAUGUGCACUGUUUACGUUUGUCGAAACCCAACAUUGUGGAUAAGAGUUGCUUGGGUCGUUGAGUGGCCAGCAAGGUGAAUUGCUUGUGCACUGUCUGCCAAUUGCGUAGUCACUUGAAAACCUGGUGCAGCAAAUUUGCCACAGUAUGCUGCAAACUCUUGCGUCGUGCCGACUACUGUCUUCUGUGGAGGCUGACAUCCAAACUUCUUUUUGAAAUGGCCAUUUAACAAGCUGCCGAGACCAGCAAAGGAGUAGAUACUGUUUGUUAUCCAUCCAUCAUUUUUCCCAUUGCAGUAAGCAUUCGAAUUUAGUUUUCCUUCAUAGUUAGUAGCUAUGGCGUUCAUGUGCAGGGCACAAGGAUGCGGGUUCGAUACCCGGCUGUUUUGCCAACAUUUCGGUAGGGGCGGAAUGCUGAAACAGCCAUUUCCAAACAUGGGUGCACAUUGGAGAGCACCGAGCAAUCAAAAUUUGUACAGAGCCCUCCAAUAUUGUUUUGUUGUAGUCAAGGGUACGAUGGAAAACCAUCUGGACCAGUUAAGUAAUAGUAUAUCAAUUAUAUAUCUUGUCACUGAAGAGGACAACGAAUUUGACAUUACGGUGCCCAUACGUGAACCUCGUGCACAACGCAGGAAAGCGAAAAUGGUCACCGCUAAAACAGCUUGCAUAUUCUUGAAUGUGCGAUGAAGUGACUCCGCAUAGGUGAGGUGAAAACGACCAUCCAUUUUUGAGCUCCAUGCGAAGUCGCUUCAUUACAUUACAUGUAAAUUCACCAAUUUAGUGACAAGAUUUAUAACUGCUAUAUGAAUGUUUUUGUGUGUGUGUCAUCUAGAGCAUACACUAGUGUAACAAUGUCAGGAAAAGGGUUGUACUUCUGUCUCUUCAUUUGUGGUUAGCCAGGGAUUACCACAGUGCACACAGAAACGCAGCACAGUGUUGUGCCCAUUUUGCACUGUGUUUUUGUGUCUGCGUUAGUCAUUAAGUGCAAGUCACCUGAAUUCACUAGCUGUAAGUUUUGAAGGCGUGAGCUAGAUGGGCAGUACUCUCUUCGUACUCUUGAAAUAAGCCAAGCCAUUGGAAGAUUGCACAGCGAGCGCACCUGGGUUGCCAUUAGCAUGUCUUGGAUGCCUACCAGAAGUCUUUAUACUUCCAGCAUCAUUGAUGGCCAACAUUGGUUUUCACCAUUGCUUGUGAAAUUCAGUCCACAUGCAUUGUAGAUUGCCUGCUGGCCAGGGUUUGUGUCGAUGAAAGAUGUGAUGUGAAUUACUUGCCGUUAAAUCUAUUCACCAAGCAGUUGCUUGCUGCGCAAGUUGCCAUUGCUGUGCUUGGUUCUACACCCUUUAAGUGUCUUUCUUUUUAUUAUUUUGCUUGUUCCUGUAUCUUCCGAGUGUGCUUCCAAUAUAUAUAUUUUUUUUUCUUCACAACCAAGAGUCACGGGGUCCAUAUUUGGUGGGAGGUUUCCCGGGAGACGACGUGUUCUGCUAACAAGAACAAAACCGUUGGUUUGAGCUUGCAUAGACAAUUAUACCUCCGGGUGUUGUUCACUCUUUAGUAACGUGUGCUUGCUUGUCUUUUAUACAGUGUGCUUCUUUUUUUUUUUUUUUUCUUAAGUAGUGUGUGUAUGCAUGUGUGCAUUACAUCUAGGUGUUGAACACUGUUCUUCUGGCAGUUCCAGUGAUGCCUGUCUGUCGUUGGUUGUCCCUUUCAGCUUCCCUUACCUCCCCCCCCCCACACAUUUUUUUCUUCACCAUUUUGUAUGCUUUCUACAUAGCAGCUGACCAUGUCACACGAUGCCACUUGUGAUAUUUCGCAUUGGAGUAGGCUAGUGUUGCUGUGGGAAGCAGUUGUGGGUGUUGUCUAGUUCACUGCCUUGCCAAGUAUGGAGUUUUUUCUUGUUGGCAAGGUGCAUCGAGGUGUUGUCACAUUGUACAGCGACUCUGUCAUGGGGCCCACUGAGAGAGAGAGAGAGAAAGAGAUGAAAAGGAAGGGAGUGUUCGAACUAAUUUUCGUGCUUGUGGUGAUUGAACUGCUGACGAACCUGUGUCGUUGGUCUUGGAAGGGCUGCACUACACUAAGUCAACUCUGUAGCAACUCGCAUACAGCUCCCAGAAUUUAUGUGAUGGAAAUCAAGGGGCAACAGUCUUGUGAAUGAGGAUGUUCCGCAGUGAAUUUUUUCUUCCUUUGUUUUUUUCUUUGUUACCAGCUUACCUGCUGGUGUGAGAUCAUGCGGUUGAACCGACUUGCAGCAAAUCGCAGCGCAAGUAGACAAAUUUGUGCAUAGAGAAGGUGUCUGGUCGCAAAUUUCCUGUAAUGCGAAAGUCCAUUAUUGCGAAAUUAGCAUUAUUGUGAACCAUGCAUUGUAACUGUGUGCAACUGUAACUGAGUUAUGAACAUGUGAUUUGUCAUCCUUAUGCUAAGUGCAGCCUGUAGGUGACGCUUGCACUUUUAGUACUCCAAGUCUGAAUUCAAGCUAAAAGGCUAAACAUGACAAUUACAGGGCAACCUCACUCAGCUUUACCUUUGUCAUGGAAAUUUCCUGGAAUGAAGUGCCAACAAACCAAAUGUUGGAUUUAAGUAAUUACAAACAGGGUUUGGUUAUAUCUGUGAUCGCUAUAGCAAGGUUCAACUGCUACUUGCUGCCCCCCACCUUGUUGAUAGAGAAGAGGAGCAAGCUGCGUGUUUGCUCUUCUUACUCGAUUGAAUCGUUUAAUGGCUUCAUUAGGCCUUCUAUGCCCAACUUUGUGUUCAACCUUAUAUAGAGUUUUGAACUAAAAGGACUUCACUAUUGAUAAGGAAUCAGUGUCUGUCAGUAAAGUACCAUACCUGUGUGUAAGACAUGCACUACGCCCCCCCUCUUGUAAAAAAUUUGGUGGUCUACUGGGCUUGCAUGAUGAGCCUGAAUUUUGGCUACGUUCCAACACUGCAUGUGCAACCACUGAAUACUAUGCUAAAGAAUUUGCUUGUAGGAUGGUUUGGCACGUAGUUCUUUAAAACUGAGAAAAUUUGUUCUUGGUUGCUGUCGCUGAACUUAGCCUGCUGUGGUGCAGGUGUUUGAGUGCUCUUUAGUGGAUUCCUCUUCUCCCCUCCGUUUUCUAGCUCCCAAGUAGGAAGUGCUGCAAGCUUUAAAUGAGGGCAGGAUUUUCUCGGGUAAAUACAGCGAUUGCCAAGAUUCAUACUUUCCAUUGUUAAAACAAAGCUUUUUUUUAUAGCUGACAUUAUGCCAGCGGGUUUCUGUCGCUCUGUUUAUCCUGAAAUGCUGGCAUAAGAACUGAUGUUAAAUGUUUAGUGAUUAUGUUGCUUAAUGUCACAUCUUCAAAACCACUGCCACGCAUCCGUAUAAUCAUUCGACAAAGUGAUGUUACAACCAUUAACCGUAAACAGGUUAAAAUGCCUUCAGUCUUAGUAGAAAUGCGUCAUUUAUACAGGUGGCCGAGGGCAACUGAUUGCAAGGUACUCUUACUUACAGGCCUUGUAGUUGAUGCCUUUAGGCUUGAUUCGUGCAGCUAAAAGACAUGCAGGCUUAUCAUGCUACCUGGAAAAGGCUACUCUACAAAAGAAAUGUGUGGCACCAUCCUGUGGCAGUGCUGAAAGUGCACAUUUUAUGAUUGAAUGAAUUGUGGCCGUCGCACUAAAUAGCAAAUGGCAUUGGGAAAGUAACAUUUUAACCGUGCGGUGCCAUACAAAUGGUAUCGAAGCUUAAGGCAAUGAGCAUUUAAUGUAGUCACUUGUGCCCCUGUGGCAGAUGUUGCUUCUUUGGCUGCUUGUAUGUAAAGCAAACCUUGAAAUCCUUGUACCAGGAAUGUUUGGACAUUCUAGAUGUGAGCUAAAGAAGUGCUAUAUAUAUAGCUGGCUGCCAUUUCAUUGUCGCAGUGGGUGGGCUUAAUGUACUGCAGCCCUAACAUAGAUUGGCCUGUGCUGUGCAUGCAUGCGCCGUGUGUCCGAUUCGUUCUUCCUGCAGCCUGUCGCAUCGAUCGGUGUUGCAGCUCAAAACAACAUUGGUCAACUUGGCUUUUGCAAUACUGUAUCCAUCUUUUCAGGUGUACAUAUUACAUGGCUGUCUUUUGUGUAAUGACAUUUUGGAUAGCAACUCUUUUUCUCUGCUGUGACAUAAUAAAACUGCUCGACAAUGAA